AUCGCUAAUAAUAAUCAAAUCAAAUCAACCCACAUUCCCGUCACGUCUCCUUCCGUCGUCUCUCUGCUUUCCUCUCAAGUUCGACCUUCUCAACGUUCGUUUUCCAAUCUUUCCCGAGAAAAUUUCAAGGAGUUGUUGGUAAAGAAUGAAGCAGUGUUGGGUUUAUCAUCAAGUGUUUCCAUAAGUUUGGUUUGGACCUCGAGGCGAGAUGAAUCCUAUGCGUGAUCAACCAGGCAGCCCUUAUGGAGAUUCAACUCCUCGUAGUCCGUUUUCUCCCUUCUCUCCAUUAUCUGGUGGAGACGAUAGGAAUAGGAAUCUGCCUGAUUCCAAAACUCCUCGUAGUCCUUUCUCUCCUUUUUCUCCAUUAUCUGGAGAUGAAAGGCACAAAAACCUCGCAGAGUCUAAAUUUCAGCAAGCCCUUGCCAAUUCUGGCCAAUUAGAUCCAUCUUCCCCUGGAUCGAUGCACCAUGGAGGACACAAGUUUCAUGAGGUUUUCCAAAUGAAACAAGGGCGUUAUGAUCUUCAAGCCUCAAAGAUUUCUGAAAUGAUGAAAUCAAGUAGCUUAGAUAACGCUCCUACGCAGUCACUUCUAAGCGUUGUGAAUGGAAUUUUAGAUGAAAGUAUUGAAAGAAAGAAUGGUGAAAUCCCUCAGCGUGUGGCAUGCCUCUUGAGAAAAGUCGUGCAGGAGAUUGAGCGACGUAUAUCAACUCAAGCUGAGCAUCUAAGAACGCAAAACAAUAUUUUUAAAACUCGUGAGGAAAAAUAUCAGUCAAGGAUCAAUGUCCUUGAAGCCUUGGCAUCAGGAAGUGGUGUAGAACAUGAGAUUGCUACACAACAGCUUAGACAGAUAAAGACAGAAAAGUCAAUGUGGGAAGAAAAGAAGAAACAUGAAGAGGAAGAUAUGGUUAAGCUAAUGAAACAAAAUGAUCAAUACAACCUCGAAAUUGCUGCGCUGAAGCAAGAAUUGGAGGCAUCUAAAAAAGAACAUGAACAACAAUACUCGCAAAUGGAAAGCAAAACAAUGACAGAGAAGUCAAAGUGGGAAGAACAAAAGAAAAACGAAGACGAGGAUAUGGCCAAGCUAUUGAAAGAAAAUGAUCAAUUCAACCUUGAGAUUUCUUCGUUAAGGCAAGAGCUGGAGACAACGAGAAAAGCGUAUGAACAGCAAUGCUCGCAAAUGGAAAGCCAAACAAUGGUCGCUACAACAGGACUUGAGAGCAGGCUGAAGGAACUUGAACAAGAGGGAAAAGUGGCGCACACUGCAAAAAAUGCCCUUGAGGAAAGGGUUAAAGAGCUUGAACAUAUGGGAAAAGAAGUACAGACUGCUAAAAAUGCUCUUGAGGAAAAGAUAAAACAGCUUCAACAAAUGGAAAAAGAAACAAAAACUGCUAAUACAAGCCUUGAAGGAAAGAUUCAAGAGCUUGAACAGAACCUUGUAAAUUGGAAGACUAAAGUCAAAGAAAUGGAGCAAAAGUCUGAGUCCUCACACCAAAGUUGGAAUCGAAAAGAACUUUCCUAUAGAAGCUUUAUUGAAAACCAGUCUCAGGCACUACAGGAGUUGAGGUUCUAUUCAAGAUCCAUCAAGCAAGAAAUAUUGAAGGUUCAAGAGAACUAUACAGAACAGUUCAGCCAAUUAGGAAAGAAACUGGUUGAACUUAGCAAUGCUGCCGAAAACUAUCACGCUGUACUAACUGAAAACCGGAAGCUUUUUAACGAGCUUCAGGAGCUGAAAGGAAACAUCAGAGUAUUUUGCCGGGUGAGGCCUUUUCUUCCUGGACAGGGUGCACCAAACACAGUGGUCGAGUAUGUGGGUGAGGAUGGAGAAUUAGUAGUGACCAAUCCAACUAGACCCGGUAAAGACGGUCUUCGCCAAUUUAAGUUCAACAAGGUGUAUAGUCCAGCUGCUACUCAAGCUGACGUCUUUUCAGACAUAAGACCCCUGGUUAGGUCAGUACUUGAUGGGUACAAUGUAUGUAUAUUUGCAUAUGGCCAGACAGGAUCAGGGAAAACUUAUACAAUGACUGGUCCAGACGGAGCAAGUGAAGAGGACUGGGGAGUUAAUUAUCGCGCUCUCAAUGAUCUCUUUAAAAUCUCUCAAUCUAGAAAGGGAAACAUAUCGUAUGAAGUUGGGGUUCAAAUGGUGGAAAUAUACAAUGAACAAGUGCUCGAUCUGCUGUCUUCUGACAAUACUCAAAAGAAACUAGGGAUCCUUUCUACAACUCAACAAAAUGGCCUGGCUGUGCCUGAUGCGAGCAUGUAUCCUGUGACAUCAACUUCAGAUGUGAUUACAUUGAUGGACAUUGGACUACAGAAUCGAGCCGUUGGUUGUACUGCCUUGAAUGAAAGGAGUAGCCGCUCUCACAGCAUUGUCACUGUUCAUGUUCGCGGUAAAGAUAUGAAGACCGGGUCUGUGCUAUACGGUAAUCUUCAUUUGGUGGAUCUGGCAGGAAGUGAGAGAGUAGAUCGCUCUGAAGUUACAGGAGACAGACUAAGAGAAGCACAACAUAUAAACAAAUCGCUCUCAUCUCUUGGAGAUGUGAUAUUCUCUCUUGCUUCAAAGAAUGCCCAUGUACCAUACAGAAACAGCAAGCUAACACAGAUCCUCCAAAGCUCUCUUGGAGGACGAGCAAAGACCUUGAUGUUUGUGCAACUCAACCCUGACGCUAUUUCAUACUCAGAGUCAAUGAGUACCUUGAAAUUCGCAGAGCGUGUCUCUGGAGUCGAACUUGGUGCUGCAAAGACCAGUAAAGAUGGUAAAGAUGUUCGAGACUUAAUGGAACAGUUAGCGUCCCUUAAGGACACCAUAGCGAGAAAAGACGAAGAGAUAGAGAGGCUUCAUCUGGCAAAAGAAACUCAUUCUCAGAGACUUCAGAAACCAAUGCUGAGAAGAAAGAGCAUCGGACAUACCGAUGACAUAAACUCAGAUACAGGAGAAUAUUCAUCACAACAAUCAAGAUACUCUGUUACUGACGGUGAGAGUUUAACCUCCUCCGCCGAGGCAGAGUACGAUGAGAGACUAAGCGAGAUUACUUCUGAUGCUGCUUCUUUGGGAACACAAGGAUCCAUGGAUGUUGCUAAAAGACCACCUAAAAUCUCAGACAGAGCCAAGUCGAUGACUGCAAGAUCAUCCACGAGUGUAACACGACCGCUCGAUAAACUUCGGAAAGUCGCUUCAAAAACUACAUCGACCGUUGCUAAGGUCACAUCUGGCUUGUCGUCAUCAAGUAAAGGCUUAUCGUCAUCAAGCAUUAAGAAGACGGGCAGUACUUCUAGUUUGGCAAAGUCUUCAAAGCGGUGGGCGUAAUUCACGCUUUUACUCCUAGCCGUCAUACAUUACACGUAACACUGCAUAUACGAUCAGUUUGUUUUGUUUUUUCACAAAACUUUACAUACGUACGCUCAUAAUUUUUUUCCCAUUUAAAAAAAAAAAAAUCGUAUAAUAUAUGGCUUCGAUUGGUGGGACUAGAAGUUUUGCGAGUUAUGUAAAAAAUUUGUAAAUACAUGAAUAUUAUUAUGCUCACGGAUUCUCUUUAUGAGUUUUUUUUUAACGUUCUUUUAGUAGAAAAAUUUAUGGAAAACAAAUAGUGUUACAAACUUUAUUUUGUUAUAUAUAUUACCAAUCACAACCUAAAAAAUCCAUCACCAUCAUAAGUGUGGAACAAAUAAUUUUUUUUUUUCUCCUUAAAAGUAUAAUACCUAACCUUGUGAUUCCUUGAGUGUACGAGUUCUCUAAACCUAAUAAAGCCUGUAGAUUACUUAACCAAAAAAAAACUAAAAAGUAAGAAAGAUAUUAGAGCAAGAAAAGGAAAAACAAAGAGAAAGUAUAAAGUAUAAAGAACUAAAGUAAUCUUACAGUAUAUCCCUAUCUAUUUAUUCGAUAUAAAAACUUUUAUGGUGCUCUUUAUUUGUGGGUUUUGUCUAAAAGAUCUCCUACAAUAUGUGGUGUAAAA